CAGGUAGAUCAUCAAUUUUUAACUACUAGGUACCUAUCAAGAUGUGCACGUUUGCUAAUUCAUUCUCUAUUGAACUGUAGGGUGCAUUAGUUGCAAAAGAAGACAUGUAAAAUGCGACGAAGGCAAGCCAUCUUGCGCCGAGUGCGAACGCCUUGGACUUAUGUGCGAGGGUUAUGCUCUUCCUAAGACCAAAGCCCCAGCAUCCCGGCCUGAACGGUUACUACUACCGAAGCCGAAGCUGAGACCGUUAUCAGGUUUAUCUUGCAAGCCAUCACCGUCACCUCAACCAACAGAUCAUCGGCCUUCGGUUCCAUUAAUGCCUAGCUAUGGGUUCGAAUUGAACGAGGAUGAUAUGUGGUAUUUCACUCUCUUUAGGGAUCAGAUAUCUCAUGAACUUUCGCCCUACUAUAUGACCAACUUUUGGACCCAAACCUCUCUCCGAGACAGCAUGGUGAACCGAUGCAUUCACCACUCCAUUCUUGGUAUAGGUGCCUAUGGCCGUGCUCUGAUGGAGCUUCGCAAUGAGUAUCCUAUGAAUUGUAAAGGAUCUCAAACGUGGUGGCCACCGUCGAAACUUAAUCGUCAUCACCAAGCUGCACUUAUGCAUCAUUCUAAAGCACUUUCGCACUUGCGGUCUAAUAUUGGGCUAUAUGGUCUCGACGGCCGUCUAAUGAUGGCGGCAACCCUCUUAUUUAUAGUAUUUGAGAACAUGCAGGGGAAUUACCAUAGCUCUGGGAGUCUUAUCCGCAGCGGUAUUAAGGUCUUGACGAAUAUACGGAGCGCAAGUCCCGAUUCCAGAUCCAUAUUACGCCGCCAAUGGGACCGUUACAUGACAACUCCGCGAGACGAAGUCGACGAAAUGACAAACAUGUUCGCACGACAUAGUAUCACAUCGGCGUGUCUUCCGUUCGCGCACGGAAAGUACGCGUAUCAUAUCCUUUUUACCGAGGGCGAAGAAUACGAUAACGACGACGACGACCUUGGACUAUGCAGUCCUUUUACAUUUACCAUCCCGCAGACUCUCGACCAGGCAAGGCAAAUAUGGGACUACCUAAUGAUUAAGCUCGCGAAUUUCCAGAGCAAGGUCGCGUGGCACAAUCUCAACCCCGACUACGACUUCGAUGAAUCGGGAGCGUAUCAGGAACAAGCGAUUUACUUAUCACAGCUUCACGACUUGGGAAUAGGACUCGAUUCGCUGCUAUUCAGCUCGGUGGACAUCCGCGAGAGCAAGGGCCUUGAACUGCUGAGGUUGCAUCAUAAGAUAGCCGUGGUGUCCAUCACGUGCUGUCUCGAUCCGACGGAGAUGAUGUACGAUGAAUUUCUGCCCGAGUUCGAGGACGUAGUCCAGCGCUGCAAGCUCUUCAUCAAGUUCCCGACGGACAUGCCGGUGAAGGUCGGAUUCAUGAACGAGGCCGGCAGGUUACCUCUGCUCGCUCACAUAGGCGCGAAAUGUCGAACCGCUAGGGUCAGAUCGGAGGUCGUGGAGCUGCUGCGCGCGUCGGACUGGCGGGAAGGUCCUUGGGAUAGCUGGAGCUUGGCGGAAGCCGUGACGGGCAUUAUGAGGAUCGAAGGCCAACUGGACAUGGCAAGCGCCGAGCAGGUGGUUCCUGCGAAGGCGAGGUAUAUGUGGACGAACGUCUUCUGGGACUUCGAGAAACAGCAGAUGCACGUCAAGUAUACGAAGGUGCUGCCGAACGCGUUUGGGAAAUUCGAGGAUGUGCAUUGCGUUAUGGGCGAGCCUUUGGUUGUUUGAAUUGAAUGGGAUGGCUGGACCAUCGCAUGAGAUGGGGGCAGUUUGUACAUCGGCGUGGUGGGUACGACAUAUACUAUGAUUUACACGGCCUUUUUCUUGUUUUACUUAACUUAUACCUCGCAUUUGCACGCAGCUUAGGUAGAUGGCGGAAUAAUACCCUCGAAUAGAUAGGUAAUCGUUACCAACCUUGGAAUAGUUAUC